AUGAUAAUUUUAUUGGGAAAGUAUGUUUCAAGGAUUGGUAGUGAGUUAGGUAAUGUUAUUGAAGAAGCCAAAGCUGAAUUGGAGUUGGAAAAGCAAGUUUUGAGAGCCUCUGGAACUGCAAUAAUGUCAGCUGCCAGCUCUACAUUGGAAUAUGGAAGCAAGCCCAGGUGCAAGCAUUUCUUGGCACCAACAAGGAUGCCAAUGACCUUGAUGAUAAGGACAUUGAAAUCAUCAGAUGAAACAAGGUCACUGGGAGUGGCCCUCCUCCAACUAAUGAAGGAAGACCUUGAAAGAUGGCAAGUUCCAGGUGGAUCAGCAAUUAUGGUCAUAAACCUUGUUGAGAAGCUCAAGGAAAACAGGGGACUUAUUAAGUGUGAACCACGAGAUGGUGAGAGCGAAAAUAUUAAUGAUAAGAACAAGUUCACGGAUCACGAACACACCAAACCCACCAUGCUCUACAAAUUUAAGUCGGUUUUUCGUCCUUCGCUUGCAUUAUCCACAUCCGUACGUCACUUAGCGACGCAACGUCCAGUCCGUUUAGAGAAUAAGACUUUUAUUAUAACAGGAGCAGCAAGUGGGAUCGGUGCUGCGCUUGCUCGACGGGUCGUUCAAGAGGGAGCGAGGGUUGUAGUCGUGGAUAAGGAUGAGCAAAACGGUCAAAAAAUUACUGAUGAGUUGAAUUCAAGUGCAACGCGACGAGCUGUUUUCUUUCACUUUGAUGUGCGCAAUACGAAAGAUCUCCCCAAAAUGUUUGAGAUUGGAGAUCGGGCAUUUGGUCGAGUUGAUGUUCUCUGUAAUAAUGCUGGAGUUGCUGGACAAGAAUUGCUUACUCACAACUUUGAUGACUAUAAGGAAGUCAUCGAUACGAAUUUCACAGCUGUGAUUGCGGGUACUCACGUAGGGAUAGAGUAUAUGAAAGAUCGCGGAGGUGGUGUCAUUAUUAAUACAGGGUCAACCGUGGCGAUGUUUGCGUUUCCUUAUCUUCCGGUAUACACCGGCACCAAGUCAGGAGUAAUAGGCUUUACUCGAACGCAACAUCACUUGAAAAAGUUGUAUAACAUUCGCGUCAAUGCAAUCGCGCCGCAUCUUGUUGAAACGCCAUUGAUCGCCAAAAUGACAGCGAUCAACCCAGAACUACGCGACUCGAUUUACGAGACGAGCACUGUGCCUUUGUCUGAUGUAGUCAAUGCCUUCAUCCAUAUCGUCGAAAACGAAAAUCUCUACGGUGAUGUCGUACGCAUUUUACCGAAUUACCCAUUGGCAAUAGCGGCAAAAGUAGACUUUGAUAGUCCGAUGAUUGUAUUAAGGGAAAUCGCAAAAAUGGGAUUUGGAGAUCUUGUGGUAAGAAUGAAGAACGCAGUUAGUAACAGAAAAAGCGAAUAA